GCAGCUCGUAGUCCACAACGAGGAGCGGGUGAGUCAGGACGUUGUCGGGGAAGGGCGGGUAGUCGGUGAGUCCGGGCAUGUUCAGGAGAGGAGGCUGAACUUCGAAGUUGUUGAUACGUUGAUUGUACUGGGGAGUGAGCUAGCGGUCUUGCUUCCACGGCCUGCAGUCCCAUGUUUUAUACUUCGUACGCACAGAGAACACAGACUCGGAGAAGACAUGUUUACGCCAUCCUCAUAUGCUCAAUCCUCCGACAUGGAGCUGCACUCGGUCGACGGCUCACCGCACAGCUCAAUCCUCCGCCACGGGGCUGCACUUGGUCGACGGCUCCCCGGACCUCUCAAGAUCGCUGUACGAAGCCACUGGACUCGCCGGCCAACGGUCGAGUCGGGUCCCCGCAACAAGUCACCCGCACGUUCUCGAAGUCGUCGUGUGCCACUGGAUACGCCGUGAAUGCGUGAGUCGCACUCCAUAUGGUGCCUCUGAAGCGAGCAGCUGGCGCAUCGGCGCCUGGGUCUUUCUUCCCCUGCUCGGCCGUGAUAGAUUGACGUGCAAGCAGAGGAGGG